UUGGGGCAGCGGCGGCGGCGGGAGCUACCUAGAGCAAAGAGCAGCGGCGCCAGUCAGAGGGCCAGGGUGCCGCUGGCCGGCCUGCUGGGCCCUCGCUGCGCUUGUCCCGCUGGAGUUCGAAGAGGAACUGGCGAGCCUGGCGGUGGCUCCACCACGGGCAUGCACAGCGCUCGGCUUGACAGCUUCUUGGGCCAGCUCCGCUGGGAACUGCUGUGUGGCCGGGACACUGGCUCACCCCCCAUGUCUGGCCCCCUUCCACCACCACCCAAACCUGGCCCAGGUGUUUGGCUCAGCCAUGGACUCAGGGCCUCAGAUGCCUUGGAAGAGGACUCAGUUGGCUGUGUGGAAGAAGAGGAAGGUGUGGUGACAGGAGACAAAGGUAUUGCCUUGAGGAGCCCAAGGGAGCAUGCCCUGGACUGGGACUCUGGCUUCUCUGAGGUGUCAGGCGGCACAUGGAGAGAGGAUGAGCUGCCUGUACUCCAACACCCAGCACCCCCAGCAUGGCCCCCCCACAGACAGCGUCUCUCGGCCAGUGGCAUUCCCCUGCCCAGCAGGGCUCCUGUGGCCAGUGCACCACCUGCCCACCGACCACGGCCCAAGUCUACCCCAGAUGCCUGCCUGGAGCACUGGCAGGGCCUGGAAGCUGAGGACUGGACAGCAGCCCUGCUGAACAGAGGUCGCAGUCGCCAGCCCCUAGUGCUGGGCGACAACUGCUUUGCUGACUUGGUGCACAACUGGAUGGAGCUACCAGAGGCAGCAAGUGAGGGGGACGAUAGUGGUGGGCCCCGUGUCCGUGCUCGGCCCCCUCAGUUCCUGCUUGGGCUCUCUGAGCAGCUGCGGCGCCAGCUGGCUAGGGCACGCCGGGCAGCUAUGGCGGGAAAGCGACUGUCGUGCCCACCUCGCCCGGAACCUGAACUGCCUGCAGAUGUCUCAAGAUUUGCAGCCCUCAUGAGCUGCCGCAGCCGCCAACCCAUCAUCUGCAAUGAUGUCAGCUACCUCUGACCCUGCCCUCCAGCCUGGGACAAUA